CGCUCAACUCGCAUCGUGGCUUGGUAACGAUCGGUAGUGGCCAAGGAGAUCACCACAUUCUUGUCCACGCAUGGGGAUCCUCCAAAACUGCGGUUACGGGUGCUAGUUCGUGGCACCGCUACUCUUGUGGCUACCUGCGGUCCCUCAAAACUCCCGGGUCCUCAGUGGCCACCCUAAGGACGGAGUGUCUGGUGGUGUUGGGCUUGCUCGUCGGUUUCGGCCUACGCAGUUGCUCGCUGGAGGCUGUGGUAGGAGGAUCCUCUGUGGGCACAGCCGCUCCUAACGGAGGACCAAAACGCAAUCCUCGGAGGUUCCGGAGGAGAGGCGGAUCUUCGGAGGAGGAUCCUUCGGGGAGGAUCCUUCGGAGGAGUUUUCUGGUGGUGGCGUUGGAGGAGGAUAAGUACAGUUAUGGCGGACCAAGCAAUAAACUUCGUGGAGGAGGAGGUGGCUGUGAUGGGUCCUUUGGGAGGGAGGGUGCCUUCGGAGGAGGAUACUUUCGGAGGUGUGGCGGAUCCUUCGUGGCGGGUCCCUCAGGAGGAGUAAGUACAAGUUACAGUGGGAACCCAGUAAUACUUUGGAGAGGGGGAGGGGCGGCCGGAUCCUCGGGAAGUGGCGGGGGAUCCUUUGGUGGCGGAAGCGGCGUGAGUUUCGUCGGCGAGGAGGAUCCUUCGGGCGGGGGAGUGGCAGCACUUACAGGUGCCCAAGCAAAUAACUUCGGAGGCUCUGGCGGAGGCAGGUGA